AUGAUUCAACUUGCAAAACAGGCCGCCCUGCCGAGAUUUGUUUCCCCCAGUCCAUCUAUUGCCGAAAAACAUGAAAAAGACGUGAAAACUAACAAGUUAAAAGGACAUCGAAGUACUUGGAAAGGUGAUUAUAUGGGAAUGGAUACGGAGGCAAGGCAGAGAUAUUUGGCUUGGAUUGGAGGGCAAGUAACUACCAUAAAACCAGCGGACCCACAAACAUUUUACCAAAAACUGAUGUUUGAGAGAGAAUUUUCUCCAGAGCUUCUCACCUCAAAACUUCAUGCUCUAAAA